AAAAGCCAAGGCGCAAACCAAAUGCUGCCGCAAAAGAUAUUGACGCUCUAGAAUCCAUUGCUCUUACGACUUGUUCCUCAAGGAAUAUUACUUUCUUCUUUCGUUUAUAUUUCCUUAAAAAUCAAACCUUUCCCUUGCUAAGACCAUUCCCCAUCUCUUUUCUUUCGCUUUUCCAAUCUAGGUUCUCGUAUUUUUCUGCUCUCCCCUUCUUCUCAUCACCUACACAGCAAUCACAAUCCAGGUCUUGUUGUUUUCCUCUGUUUUUUUUUUUUCCAUUUUAACGAAUACAUAGCCAUAUUUGAGCGUUAUCAGAAUGAACAACAGUGAAGCAGAUACUGUUCUAAUGGAGAAGAAGCCCAAGACGAAGAUUGUUUGCACUCUUGGACCCGCAUCCAGAUCUGUACCUAUGAUUGAAAAGCUGUUGAGGGCAGGCAUGAACGUUGCUCGCUUCAACUUCUCUCAUGGAUCUCACGAGUACCACCAGGAAACCCUUGACAAUCUCGGGGCCGCGAUGGUUAACACUGGUAUUCUCUGUGCUGUUAUGCUUGAUACCAAGGGACCAGAGAUUCGAACUGGGUUCUUGAAGGAUGGCAAACCCAUCCAUCUUAAACAGGGCCAAGAAAUCACUAUAUCUACUGACUACAGUAUAAAAGGUGAUGAGAAUAUGAUUUGCAUGAGCUACAAAAAGUUGGCUGUGGAUGUCCAGCCUGGGAUGGUUAUACUUUGUGCAGAUGGCACAAUUUCAUUUACAGUUUUAUCAUGUGACAUUGGAGCGGGUUUGGUUCAAUGUCGGUGUGAGAACUCUGCAGUUCUUGGUGAGAGGAAAAAUGUUAAUCUUCCUGGAGUAAUAGUGGAUCUUCCAACUUUGACAGAGAAGGACAAGGAAGAUAUUUUGAAGUGGGGAAUUCCCAAUCAAAUUGACAUGAUUGCUCUAUCUUUUGUACGAAAGGGCUCAGAUCUCGUGCAAGUAAGGAAGUUGCUCGGGGAACAUGCUAAGGAUAUCCUUCUCAUGUCAAAGGUUGAAAACCAAGAAGGGGUUGCAAAUUUUGAUGAUAUCCUAGCAAAUUCAGAUGCAUUUAUGGUUGCACGUGGUGACCUUGGAAUGGAAAUUCCCAUUGAAAAGAUUUUUCUAGCACAGAAAGUGAUGAUCUACAAGUGUAAUAUUCAAGGAAAACCAGUUGUUACUGCAACCCAGAUGUUGGAGUCCAUGAUCAAGUCACCCCGACCAACUAGAGCUGAAGCCACUGAUGUUGCCAAUGCAGUUCUUGAUGGUUCUGACUGUGUGAUGCUGAGUGGUGAAACAGCAGCUGGAGCAUAUCCAGAAAUGGCUGUUCGGACUAUGGCAAAAAUAUGUGUAGAAGCAGAAAACACCCUUGAUUAUGGAGAUGUCUUCAAAAGAAUCAUGGAACACUCACCUGUGCCCAUGAGCCCAUUGGAGAGUCUGGCAUCCUCUGCUGUCAGAACAGCCAAUUCAGCAAAAGCAUCUCUUAUAUUGGUGUUAACCAGGGGAGGAAGUACUGCAAAACUGGUGGCUAAAUACAGGCCUGGCAUGCCUAUUUUAUCUGUGGUUGUACCUGAGAUUAAAACUGAUUCCUUUGAUUGGUCUUGCAGUAAUGAAGCUCCUGCAAGACAUAGCCUUAUUUUUCGUGGAUUGGUACCUGUUUUAUAUGCAGGAUCUGCUAGGGCUUCUCAUGCAGAGACAACAGAGGAAGCUUUGGAUUUUGCUAUUCAACAUGCCAAGGCAAAAGGAUUAUGCAAGCCUGGAGAUUCUGUUGUGGCUUUGCACCGAGUUGGAACUGCAUCCAUAAUCAAGAUUAUAACAGUGAAGUGAUGAUUUUAUCAGAAAACUUUCAAGUUCCAGUUUCUUGCUUCUCAUUAAUCAGAGGAUGAAGGAAAGAUGUUGCUGAUUAUGUGGGCUUAUUUUUCUCCUUUUAGUUCCCCUUUUCCCUUGUAUUUCGCCUGUUUGCAAAUGAACCCAAAUUGUCAGCAGUACCAUUUUGAUGGGAAAUAUAUUGUUGCUUCCAUUUUUUAUUGUAGAA